AUGACAUUGGGGACAUCGGCCGCCCGGCCCGCAGCUCGACUACUCGCGGCUUCGGUACUCCGAUACGGUCUCCUCGUCCCAGCUCCUGGUUGCCUCGCAUUCAACAAGUCCAAUUCUUCUUCUUCUUCCUCGUAUCCCGAAAAAUACCAUCACCCGCAAAUACACCGUCGUAACCUUGUCUCGACUCCGACCUACCACCAAGAAAAGCCAUCGUCGUCAUCAGAAUCAUUAUCAUCAUCGGUAACGCCUACCUCUUCCGACACUGCCAAUAACUCUUUAUUCACAUAUGAGACCCAAGAACCCGUCUACGACUCUUCCAAAUAUGACUACCGUACCCUUCCUCAAUCCUUCGGCGCAAAUCAAUACAUGUCCAUCAACGAUGACCUCCGUCGGUCCCUCCGUCAUCUUCUAUGGGAAUUCAAAGCUCCCAUACGAUAUGCGUUCGCAUACGGAUCCGGUGUAUUCUCACAAGGGACAUCAUCGAAAGACAAACCCAUGGUCGAUUUAAUCUUCGGGGUUACGUAUACUCAGCAUUGGCACAGCUUGAAUUUGACGGAGCAUAGAGAUCAUUAUAGUUUUUUAGGGAAGAUGGGUAGUGGGGUAGUGGCAAAGGUCCAGGAUGGGUUCGGAGCUGGGGUUUAUUUUAACACUUAUGUUGAGGUCAAUGGGAUGAUGAUCAAAUACGGCGUCGUGAAUCUGGAUACUUUUUGUAGGGAUUUGGCAGACUGGGAGACGCUGUACCUCGCGGGGCGAAUGCACAAGCCGGUCAAAAUCCUGCGCGACGAUGCCCGCGUACGUCUGGCUAACCAGGCCAAUCUUCUCUCUGCCUUGCGAGUCGCUCUUCUCCUCCUCCCCGAAGAAUUUACAGAGCAACAACUCUAUCAUACAAUCGCUGGGAUCUCGUAUCUCGGCGACCCACGGAUGAACUUAUUCACCGAAAACCCCCACAAAGUCGCAAAUAUAGUAUCCAAUCAACUACCGAAUUUCAGGUCACUAUAUGCACCGCUGGUGGAUACCCUGCCAAAUCUAGUGUUCAAAAAUGAUCCUCACGCGAACGCGCCAAAGGAUACGGUAUUGUUACAGGAUAUGGAUGUUGUGAGAAGAGGGAAUAUGGUGAGGAGGUUACCCAAGACAUUUAGGAAGAGGUUAUAUUUCCAGUAUCAACGGAAAUGGCAGAUCCCGCAAUUGGAGUUUGAGAAACUGGUGGGGACGUCGGAAGAGCAGGAGAUGAUGGAAGGUAGACAAGGCGGGGAGUUCGAACAAAGGAUAGCAGCUGAUAUGGAGAAUAUAAGAAAGGAGGUCAAGAACGUUAUCAAGGGAACGAUAAAUUGGCCAAGUACGAGUCAGAGUUUUAAGGGAUUUUUUACAACGGGUUUUGUGAAGACAUGGAGAUAUCUGGGAGAGAAGAUUAAGAAAUGGAAGACAGCGAAGAAGAGCCCUGAGGCAGGGAAGCCGUAG